AUGCAAAUAGAGCCUCUCUUUCAUAAAAAUAUUAAUUUUGAACCUGAAGAUGAUGAAGAAAGGAACAAAGAGUUUCGAUUAAUUAAAUUCGAAUGGGAUUUGAAUUCUGAAGAAGGCUAUGACAGUCAUAUAAAUAUUUGUUUUGAAUCCAAAAAUAAGGGAGAAUAUUUUAUUUAUGUUAUGCUACAUUCUCGAAAGACACUAAGAUUUUUUGUAAAAAUUGUAGGAGAAAAAGAAAGAUGUUUGUUUGGAAAAUUUAAAAUAAUUUCAGAAAAUUUAAAGAAUUUUUUUGAAGAAUUAAAAGAAUUUUUUCAUGUUUUUGCUGUCAAAACUAGUGAGACAAACUUUGAAGACGGAAAAAUGGAUUUUAUUGAAUUAGCGAAUUCUAGACUAAAUUUAUUCAAUGGGACAAAUCUUUUAGGUUUAGGCCCUUUAUUUGAUGAUGGAAGUUAUGGAAUUUAUUUUGACAAGAAUGGAAAGAUUAAUGACUUUUUAUUGUCGAAUAGAAUGUUGUUAAAAAAUUCAAAAAAUAUUUUGAAAGAUUAUUUAAAUAAAAGAGAAUUGGGGGAUAAAAAGAAUGUUUUUAAUAAAGAUGAACAAAUUUGGUUUCGUUAUUUGGGAGAUGAAAGUCAAAAUAUUUUUAAGAAUGAAAAUGGAAAAUACAAAAUAAUUGAAGUUUAUAAAUUUUGGUGGAAAAUAUAA